CUUUUUCAUUCGCGUACUAAUUUGUUGCUUAUCAAUUUAAAAUUGAAUUAAAUUUUCAAAAAAAAAUAUGCAUCUUAAACAGAAAAAUAUUUUUUCUAUUCAACAAUAUUGUAAAAAUUGUUCUUGCUUUCUGUUUUUUGUGACUGGUGUAAUUGGUAGUUGCAUUCAACCAUCAGUAUUGACUUUGCAAUUUAUAAUAGAUUAUGGUAAAAUGAGAAAUUGGGAUCAAAUGGUUAUUUUUGAUGGAUUAAAUGCAAAUUGUUCACUCGAUUAUGCAAGACCAUUGAUAGAGUGUCUUGGUAGUAAAGGAAUAAAAACAUCUCUACAAACUGGUUCAGGUUCUAAAUUAAUGAAUUCUCUCAAAAUUCAAAAACAUCGUGUCGCCGCUGUUAUUUUUCUUGACAGACUAAAUUUCACGGAUAGUGAAAAUAUUCUUAAUGUGGCUUCUAAUAAAUUAUUAUUUAACUAUUACAUUUCUUGGUUAAUGGUAACAACUAAUGAGGCAAGUACAGUUAUUGAUGCAGUCCUUCGCGAUUUAAAGAUUGGAAUUGAUAGUGACAUAGUUGUAGCAUCCUCAUUUCUUUCGCCUAAUGAAGAUUCUGACCUCAUCCAUCAUUUUAGGAAUGAAACGUGUUCGUCACUUUUACAAUAUAAAAGACACUAUAAUCAUUAUUUGAAAAGAGUGAAACACUCUAAAGUUAAUGCUGAUGAUAAAUCAUCAUCAUCAUCAGCAGCAGCAGCAGCAGUAAAAACAAAUUUAGAAUAUAUAACACUCGAGAAUAAAACAAUGGCAUUUUAUCUUGCACACGUUUAUAAAAUACGUCGAAAUGAAAAUACAAGCAUGCAAGUUGAUUUUCUUGGUGCUUGGGAUCCUGAAACACGAUUUAUAAGAACACCACUUGGUGUUAAAUUGAGAACAAAUUUUUAUGGUUAUCCCAUUAAAGUUGGUAUUCAUAAUGGUACCAAGGAUGUAAAAACUGAAUUAAUAAGUAAUGAGGAGUCUAAUGAUAUUGAACCACUUUUAGAUUUUAUGAAAAUAAUUGCAAACUCCUGCAAUACAACAAUUGAAGUGACGGCAUUUGAAAAAAUUGGAACAGUCACCAAUAAAGCAUGGAGUGAUUUAUUGGGAGAAGUUGUCUCUGGUAAUAUUGAUAUUGGUUUGGGUUAUAUAACAAUAAGCAGUGAGAGGCAACAGGAUAUGAGUUUCAGCUAUCCACUCGUAAAAUCAAUGAGGAAUGUUUACUAUGCUCCACCUUUCUACGGUACCAUGAGGGAUAUAUUUUUGCAGCCAUUUAAUUAUCGAUUGCUACUUUGUGUAGCUGGGACAGUUGUCAUAAUUGUUGCCUCUAUGGAAGCUACGAAUUAUUUUGUAAAAGAAGUUUUGCGUAAUAUUCAAGAAAGAGAGGCAGGACUUGGAGAAGCAACACUUUGGUGUUUAAGCAUUAUGUGUAUGCAAGGUUCUCCAUGGACACCAAAAACAUUAUCAGGAAAAACUGUACUUCUAUGUAGUUUAUUUUUUGCAUUGGUAAUUUACAAUGCAUAUUCUGGCUUUAUAACUUCUAUUCUUUCGGUUCAACACAAUGGUAUCAGAACACUUGACGAUCUACUACAGUAUAAUUCAUUUAAAUUGGGAUACAGCAUCAAUGAAGAUGAAUAUAUUCGAGUUUCAAAUGACUCUAAUCUUCGAAAAUUGUACAUCAAAGCAUUUGAUAAUCGUGAAUCACGUUUAGAGACAAUUGUUGGUAUUGAGAAGGCAAUUAAGGGGAAUUAUGGAUUUUUUGUUGGCGCUGCAGACGCAAGAAAAAUACUUCAAAAAACAUUAAUUCCAAAUCAAUGUAGUUUAAAGGAAUUACAAAUUGAAAAAACUUUUUCAUUUGUCGCUCUUCCCAUGGCAUAUUCGUGUCCAUAUAAAAAAAUCAUUAAUUUGAGUAUCUUUCGUAAUCUUGAGAAUGGAAUAUUGGACAGGGUUAAAGAAAGAAUGUUACCUGAAAUGCCAAAAUGUACAGAUAAUUCAAGUUUUAAUAGUGCAAGUCUUGUGGAUGUUUACACGGCAUUUUGUGUUCUUUUUGUCGGAAUGAUCGUCUCAUUAGGACUAUGUCUACUUGAAAGAUUAUGGAAUAAAAGAACAAUUGUUCAAGAGCAAAUUAUACGUAGUAUUCAUGUUCAUCGAAGAGACAAUCAUUCACGACUUUCAGAACAAAUAGUAGAUGAUCAUCAUCAUCAUCAUCAUGAACCACAAACACCAUCUCAAACUGGAUGGUCACUUAGAAAAGCACCUUCGGAUUUAUCAACAAUUUCUAAUCGACUUGAAACAAAUUUAGAAUUUAAACAAACGCAAAAGCAAUUAACUAGAAAAAGGAAUAAAAUUCGUCAAGAUGGUUUUUUGAAUUAUAAGAAUAAUAAUAAUCAGGAUGCAAAUCGAAUUAUUCCUUUUCAGUUAUAAUAUAAUAAUAAUUAUAAUGAUUACAAAUCGUCACUAAAGUUAAUUGAAAGUGUUUUUUUGGGGGACAUGAUUUUCCCAUAAA